GACCGUGUGGCGGGGCAUGACCAUACGGGAAUUAGCCGUGGCCUUGAACCAGCCCCCCAAUGCCUUGCUGGAAUUGGCUCAGAAUCUGAAAGGCGUGGAUCAUGUGCGGAACAUUCGACAACCGAUCGAUCAGGAGCAAAUUUUUCGGGAUCUGGCUAAAAUCUUGAAAUUUCGCUAUUGCACCGUGGCCAAUCCUCAUGUCCAACCCAUAUCGAAGGAGGAGGAGGAGAAGAGUCUGGAUGUGAUGCCUGAGCCCGUGGAUCCCCGCCGACUGCAACCGCGCGCCCCAGUGGUGGCCAUCAUGGGCCAUGUCGACCAUGGCAAGACCACCCUUCUCGAUCAUCUGCGGCAUUCACGCGUGGUGGACGGGGAAUUUGGCGGCAUCACACAACACAUAGGCGCCUUCUCCGUGGCCUUGACCAACGCAUCGAGCCCUCCCUCUAAGCAGUCCGUGGAUCAGGAACUCUUCAGUCGUGUGACCUUUCUCGACACUCCAGGGCACGCGGCCUUCAAGGCCAUGCGUUCGCGAGGGGCGCAUGCUACGGACAUUGUGGUGUUGGUGGUCGAUGCGUGCGAAGGCGUGCUUGAACAGACGGCCGAGUCGAUUCGCAUGAUCAAAGAAGCUAAAACCGAGAUGGUGGUGGCCGUCAAUAAGAUUGACAAGCCCAACGCCGACGUGAAAGCCACCCUGGAAUCCUUGGCCUCUGCUGGGGUUCUGGUGACUGAAAUGAAGGGUCAUAUCCCGGCCGUGCCCAUAUCCGCCUUAAAAGGAACCAACGUAGACCAACUGGUCGAGGUUCUCAUUCAGAAAGCUCGAGAACUCGAUCUGACCGCUGAAUAUGACAGUCAAGUUGAAGGAAAAGUGAUCGAGUCAUCCGUUGACAAAGGAUUAGGCAAAAUAGCCACCGUUCUCAUUACCCGUGGCACUCUAAAGAAGAAGGAUUUCCUCGUGUGCGGCUUGAGUCGAGCCAAAGUCAAAGUGUUGAUUGACGACUUGGGAAACCGCGUGGACCAGGCGGUGCCUUCGCAGGCUGUGAAAGUCUCGGGCUGGAAGGAGCUGCCCGGAGCCGGUGAUCAUGUGUAUGGUGUGAAAUCUGAAAAACGGGCUCAUGAAGUGAUCACCUGGCGAGAAAAGCAAGAGAAGAAGGUCAAAGAGCUCCUAGAUGCCGAGGAGAUUCAAAAAUCUCGUGAAGAAGCUCAAGAACAGUACGAGGAAUAUCGCAUCCAGAAACUCAAGGCCGGUGUGAGGAAACCCAAGUACAUGCGCCAUGAUUUUCAGGUGAGGAGAAAGGAAGUCGAGGAGUAUAGCGGCCCUCCGAAGGUCUCCUUCGUGAUCAAGGCCGAUGUUGAUGGCAGUCUCGAGGCCAUCAUGAAUUGUCUGGACCUGUACACUAACGAAGACGUGGUGCUAGACUUGUUGGACUUUGGCGUGGGCGAAGUGACCGAAAACGAUAUUGUACUGGCUAAGCAAUUCGACGGAUUCAUUUUUGCCUUCAACACCCCACCGAUCACACCGGCACGGUUGAAGAUUGCCUUGGACAACGACGUGCCGGUGAAAGAGCACAACAUCAUUUACAAACUCGUGGAUGAUCUGAAGCAAGAGAUCGGGGGCCGAUUGCCCCCGUUGGAAGUUGAAGACGUUUCCGGACGCGGACGCGUUCAGCAAGAGUUCCUCGUGAGCAAGGGUCGCCGAAAAGUGCCGGUGGCCGGAUGUAAAGUGUCCACGGGGAAAAUUGAGCGCGGAGCUCGGAUCCGGGUUCUAAGGGGCAAGCAAGAAAUCUACGACGGGACGCUCAUCAGUUUGAAGCAUCACAAGGACGAAGCAAAUGAGAUUCCUCAAGGCAAAGAGUGCGGCCUCAUGGUGGCGAGCAGUUUGGUACGCUUCGAGCAGGGAGACGAAAUUAUAAGCUACACAACUAGAUUGGAGCCUCAAGAGUGCCAAUGGGACCCGGGGUUUUGAAAUUUUGUUGACCAUUUAUUAUCUAUCAUCAAUCUGCGAAUAGUAAUUGGCCAGGUGCCUUAAGAAGCA